AUGCGCCUCGAAGAGGAAAAGGAAGGAUAUGGGAAGGGCACGGAGAAGAGGAUCAUUUCCCGCCAUGGCCCGAGAGUCCGUGCCAGUGUUGCCAUGAUCCCUUGCCAGGGAUGCCUCCUCGUGGUCCUCUCCCUCCUCUUCCUCCGCCUCUCCGCACCUUCCCUGCAUUCCGGCGACCUCUACGAGAAUGGGAUCCCCGUGAUGGAGGAGGAGGAGAAGCAGCGGCCGGGCUUCCUCGGCGGGAUCCUCAACAUCUCGGUGCCGAAGGGGAAGGAGGCCGUGCUGCAGUGCCGGGUCACCAAUCUCGGCCACUUCCAGGUGGGUUGGAUCCAGGUGGACACCCAGACGAUCCUGACGAUCCACACGAAGGUGAUCACGCAUAACAACCGGAUCUCCGUGAGCACCGGGGAGAGCGGCCACCUGUGGAACCUCCACAUCCGGAACAUCGGAGAGGGGGACGCCGGAUGCUACAUGUGCCAGAUCAACACGCUCCGGAUGCAGAAGCAGACCGGAUGCCUCGACGUUCACGUUCCGCCGGACAUCGUGACGGAGGAGACGAGCUCGGACACGACGGUGAGCGAGGGGAGCGACGUGACCUUGGCCUGCAAGGCCGAAGGUCAUCCCAAGCCGAAGGUCAUCUGGAGGAGGGAGGACUCCGCCCCCAUCCUCGUCUGGGACUCCGACCGUCUAUUCAGCAGUAAGUCUCCCGAAAAUUCUUCUUAAUGGGGCUGUUGGCCGAUUAAGAGAAAAAUAAAAUAAAACGAAUGAACUUGAGGCAUGAAACAAAACUUGGAGAAUUUUGAUCGAUUCAAGGUGAAAAUUUGCUAUGGGCUCAAAUCAGAUCCUGGUCGACGUUUGCAAUGACUUUCAGCUGUCUUAAUUCGGGCCAAUCGGUCAGAGGGACGUGCGUGACCUCAUGCCGGCAAAAAAAAAAAAACAG